UCAACCCCGGAGCGACCCACCCACGCUCUGACUCCCUGCGAUCAGUCCUCCUGCCUCUGUCAUGGAGCAGGACGCUGCAGCAGCUCGGAGGACGCAGGCUCCCAGCCGGCGUACAGGGUAGAGCGCCCGGUCUACGACGAAGCCCUGAUCCGGUCUCGGCUCCUCAGCCGCAGAGACCACUCCACGACCCUGGGACAGAGGCUGGCACACCAGUUACGGUGUUCAUCCGAGAAGGCGAAGGCGGCAGCUCUGAGCUUUCUGCCUAUUCUAACAUGGCUGCCGUCUUAUCCAGUCAAGCAGUACCUGUUUUCGGAUGUGGUCUCGGGUCUCAGCACAGGGGUAGUGCAGCUCCCUCAAGGUCUAGCCUAUGCUAUGCUGGCUGCUGUGCCCCCGGUCUAUGGUCUGUACUCGUCGUUCUACCCCGUCCUGCUCUACACCUUCUUCGGCACGUCCAGACACAUCUCCAUAGGCACCUUUGCCGUGAUCAGUCUGAUGAUCGGGAGCGUCGCCGUGAGGGAGGCCCCGGACUCCAUGUUCUACGUCCCGCCCGCCAACGGCUCCAACGCGUCCGCCGUCCUGGACGUGGAGGCUCGGGACGCCAGGAGGGUGCAGGUGGCCGUUGUGCUCACAACCCUGGUGGGAGUCAUCCAGUUUGUGCUAGGUCUCCUCAGGUUUGGUUUCGUGGCGAUCUACCUCACCGAGCCGCUGGUGCGAGGCUUCACCACAGCGGCAUCGGUGCACGUUGUUAUCUCUCAGCUGAAGUACCUGCUGGGGGUGAGAACGCAGCGCUUCAGUGGGCCCCUCUCUGCUAUUUACAGCGUCAAGGCGGUCCUCUGUGACAUCACAAGCACCAACGUCUCCACGCUCAUCCUGGGCCUCGCGUGCUUCGUCUUCCUGUUCGCGAUCAAAGACCUCAACGAGCGCUUCAAGAAGAGACUGCCCAUUCCCAUCCCCGGAGAGAUCAUCGUGGUCAUUGUGUCAACCGGCGUCUCUUAUGGCAUGUCCCUGUCGGAGGACUACAAAGUGGACGUGGUUGGGAAGAUACCAACCGGGCUUCUCCCUCCCACGGCCCCGGAGUUCUCCCUGUUACCCGGUUUGGUCGCGGACUCCUUCGCCGUGGCCGUUGUAGGAUUCUCCAUGGGCAUCUCGCUCGCCAAGACCUUUGCCCUGAAGCACGGCUACAGCGUGGACGGCAACCAGGAGCUGAUUGCCCUCGGCCUGUGCAACUUCAUCAGCUCUUUCUUCCAAACCUUCGCCAUCACGUGCUCCAUGUCGAGGAGUCUGGUGCAGGAGAGCACUGGUGGAAAAACCCAGAUAGCGGGACUGCUCGGGUCCCUCUUGGUGCUGCUGGUGGUGGUGGCCGUUGGUUUCGUCUUCCAGCCGCUCCCUCAGACGGCGCUGGCCGCCAUCAUCAUGGUCAACCUGUUGGGGAUGUUCAAGCAGUUCAGAGACAUUCCCACGCUGUGGAGGAACAGCCGGAUCGAGCUGGCCAUCUGGCUCGUGGCCUUCGCAGCGUCUGUGCUGCUGGGACUGGACUACGGCCUCCUGGCGGCCAUCGCGUUCGCCAUCCUAACGGUCGUCUACAGAACACAGAGCCCGGAAAGUGCCAUCCUGGGUCACGUCCCCGGCACGGGGCUGUACUGUGACGUGGAUCAGUAUGAAGAGGCGGCAGAAUACGACGGGAUUAAGAUUUUCCUCUAUAACUCUUCCAUCUACUUCGCCAACAGCGAGCUUUAUGUGAACGCCCUCAAGAAGAAGACGGGAGUGAACCCCGAGACCUUGCAAGCCGCCCGGAAAGCCCAGAAAAAACAGCGGGGGAAGGCGAACGGCAACCCCCGCGCUCCACUGAAGGUGGUAUCUCCCGAGGAGCGGGGCGUGACCCAUGAGGUUUUGUCCUAUGACAACGCGGAGAAGGAGCAGGGCAACGGCCGGUUGGGGGACCGACUCAGCGAGCCGGUCUCCGAGGAGGCGGUCUUCCUCGAGCCCCUCGGCCAUGUCCACUCCAUCGUCCUGGACUGGACCCCCGUCAGCUUCAUGGACUCGGUCGGAGCCAAAGCCAUCAAACAGGUUG